GCGUGGUUGGCACGCUGUCUGCACGGAGAGAUGAGUCAAGGGGCUGUGCGGUGAGUAAGUGGAUCAAGGACAAGUGAUAACACCUGUGUCUGAUUCCAGUGAUUGGUGUGGAGAGACGGUUAAAGCCAGCACAGUGGGAGAAGAACGGGGAGAGAGAAAGGACUGGGACUUGUGCAGCGAUCGAGUGGAAAGAGUGCUGGAGGAAGCAAGGAGAGCUGAAUCAGCGUGGAAAGAGUUUGAUUGAAGUUGUGCUGUGCUGUAGCGAGACUACGGUGAACGCGCUUUGUGCGCACCUUUUGUUUUGUUUGAUUCUGAGUAAAUAAAGUCUGUACAAGUCCCAGUAUCGCCGACCCUGUCUCCUUCUUCCUAUACCUCUACUAAGAACUGUAUUACACUGGUGCCGAAACCCGGGAAGAAGGAGUCUGCCGCCGCCAUGCAGAGCCCGUCAGGAUCGCCAUUUGCGGACAUCAUUCAGUCACUCGCGGCUCUUCAGCGCGACCAACAUCAAGCCCUGCUGAGCAUGAAGGAAGAACAGGAUCAGCGCUUCCAGGCGCUGCUCCAAGGCCAGCAGGAGGACCGCGAGUUGUUCCGGAGCUGCCUCGGCCGGGAGAUUCCGGCCACUCCCCCACCAGCAUCAGCCUCGGCCACACCAUUGACCCUCGGGAAGAUGGGUCCACAGGACGACCCGGAGGCGUUCCUGGACCUUUUCGAGAGGUCGGCCGAGGCCCGGGAGUGGCCCAAAGAAGACUGGCCGUUGCGUCUCAUCCCGCUGUUGUCCGGUGAGUCCCAGAUCGCCGCCCACCAACUGCCAGUCUCGAAUCUCCUGGUCUACGACGACCUAAAGCGCGCCAUCAUUCAGCGGGUCGGCCGGACCGCCGAACAGCACCGACAACGCUUUAGGUCCCUGACCUUAGAAGAGGCCGGCCGGCCCUUCGUGUUGGCGCAACAGCUCCGGGACUCCUGCCGCAAAUGGCUGAUGGCCGAGGGUAGCGACGUCGAGAAGAUAAUCAAUCAAGUGGUGCUGGAGCAGUUCGUGGGGAAGCUUCCAAAGAGAACUGCCCAAUGGGUCCAGUGCCACCGCCCGACGUCGCUGGACCAGGCCAUCCAACUGGCGGAGGAUCACAUGGUGGCGUGCUCGGGGGUCGGCGAAUCCCUCCCAUCGGUCUCUCUCUCUCCCUCUCUCUCUCUCUCUCUCUCUUCUAAGCCUCUCCCCGCUCCCAGGUCUCGAGGGGGCCUGGUGCCCCGCCCAGCGCCGCGGUGGAAGGCUGGCUGGCCGACGGAUAGCGGUGCCGCGGGGAGAACGGGUCCGCGGGGGCCGACCGCGGGGGACACAUCCACCCUGGUUCCGGGGACAGCCCUCUCCCCACGUCAAUCCCUUGGCCCCCUUCCCUCCGCUGGGGCAGCGGUAAAGCCUGGGCCGGCUUGUUGGCGCUGUGGGGACCCGGACCACUUUAUUGACCGGUGUCCAGUGAUGGAGGUGGGGACCCUGGUCCGGAUCCCCGACGCGCCAACGGCCGCCCCCGAUCAAGCUGGCCUGUACCAGAUACCCUGAUUGGUGUGGAGAGACGGUUAAAGCCAGCACAGUGGGAGAAGAACGGGGAGAGAGAAAGGACUGGGACUUGUGCAGCGAUCGAGUGGAAAGAGUGCUGGAGGAAGCAAGGAGAGCUGAAUCAGCGUGGAAAGAGUUUGAUUGAAGUUGUGCUGUGCUGUAGCGAGACUACGGUGAACGCGCUUUGUGCGCACCUUUUGUUUUGUUUGAUUCUGAGUAAAUAAAGUCUGUACAAGUCCCAGUA